AUGCCUAUAAAUAGAAGAUAUUGUUAAUAAAGAUUAAAAUAAAUAAAUAUAAGUUACUCUUAAAAAAGAUUAAAGUAUAUAAAUAUGAGAUAUUGCUAAUAAAUAUUAAAGUUUAUAAAUAGGAGAUAUUAUUAAUAAAGAUUAGAGUAUUUAAAUAGAUAAUAUUACCAAUAAAGAUAAGAAUGUAGUAUAAAUAGUAGACACUUUUAAUAAAAAUUCAAGUGUAUAAAUAAGAGAUAUUUUUAAUAAAGAUUAGAGUCUUUAAACAGUAGAUACUUUUAAUAACGAUUAGAUUGUUUUAAUAGAUAAUAAUAUACAUAAUGA